UUGGAUGACGUUGUGCCUAAGGAGGAGUUCCUGUUAAUCCAAACAUCGACGAAACCAACAUCCAUAGCUAUUUAUCGAUACCAAAUUCAUAACCGUACCGACUCCGUAGCAGUAUGGCUGCUCAGAAGAUAAAUGAAGCUCAUGAGCACAUAGCUAAAGCUGAGAAAUGCUUAAAGACAAGCCUGACGAAGUGGAAACCUGAUUUUGACAGUGCUGCAUCAGAAUACGCCAAAGCAGCUGUGUGUUUCAAGAAUGCAAAGCAGUAUGAGCAGGCAAAGGAUGCUUACCUGAAAGAAGCUGAAUAUCACACAGAAAACAAGACGCUUUUUCAUGCAGCAAAGGCUAUUGAACAAGCAGGUAUGAUGAUGAAGGAACAAAAGAAGAUGCCAGAGGCCAUCCAGUACAUAGAGAAAGCCUGUAUGAUGUAUAUGGAGAAUGGGACACCUGACACUGCUGCCAUGGCUCUGGACCGUGCUGGAAAACUGAUAGAGCCUAUAAACUUAGAGAAAGCUGUGGACCUGUAUCAGAAGGCAGCUGGUGUUUUUGAGAACGAGGACCGUCUGCGUCAGGCAGUUGAACUGCUGGGAAAAGCCUCCAGACUUUUGGUCAGAUUAAAAAGGUUGGAUGAAGCAGCUGCUGCUCUGCAGAAAGAAAAGAACAUGUACAAAGAGAUUGAAAACUUCCCUAUGUGCUUCAAGAAAACAACUGCUCAAGUGUUGAUUCAUCUCCAUCGUGGAGACUAUGUAGCUGCUGAUAAAUGUGUCAGAGAAAGUUACAGUCUGCCCGGCUACAGUGGAAGUGAAGACUGUGUUGCCAUGGAGACAUUACUGCAGGGCUACGAUGAGCAGGACGAGGACCAGGUCUACAGGGUGUGCAACUCACCUUUGCUGAAGUACAUGGACAAUGAUUACGCCAAGCUGGCCAUUUCCCUGCGGGUACCAGGAGGAGGAGGAAAGAAGAAAAAGGCUGCCGCUCCACAAGGCGGCGCUGAUGGGGCACCAGCUGCUGCUGAGGAGGAGGAUGACUACGAGGGAGGACUGUGUUAGCCUUCAUCCCUGCAGAGUGUCAACUCGCUCCACCACGGCGCCCUCUGUGAACAAGUUCAAACCUUACAAAACCCAGAUGUAUGGCUGUUUGAUCUUUUAUUGUACAAACUUAAGAAAAAAGAUGAUUUAGAAAAAUAUAAUAGAUGUUGCAGAAGAGUUACAGCAGCCUUUUAUUUUGUGUUUAUUUGAGGUGGAUCCUCGGUGUAAUGACAAAUCUUCAGUGUCCAAUAAUGUAUGAAAGCCUGUUGUUUGUGAAUAUUAUUUUUUUGUCUCUGUGAAGCUGUACAUUCUGCUGUUAUUGUCUGUGAGUUCAGUCUAAAGCUGCAAUAGGUCUAUAAGAAUCAGAAACACUCUAAAUAUAUAGCUGAUGAGUUGAUGUAUACGUGUUAUUGUACAGAGUUAAUUUAUUCAGUAUUCAUGGCUCUGCCUGUUGAAAUUAUUACUGGAAAAAUAUGCAAUCAGCUUGUAAAUGCAUGUUUGGGAUAACUCAAUGGUGAUCUGAUUCAAAGCUAUGAAGCAUAAAGGCUAUAAAUGAUGGCACCACAGGCUCCUACAUGAGCUAAUAUUCAAGCAACUGAGGUGAAUUUAACAGUAAAACAUCCAAUAUCAGACUGUCUUUGUUUUCUACCUCGAGGAGUUUGCUUAAUUCCACCUUAAACUACAGAAAAAUCACAGCUGUGUCCUUUUUCUUAUUUUCACUGUAUACAUAACCAUGCAGAAGUUUUAGGCAUGUAGAUCAAUAACGGUUCUUCACAGGUCCUGAUGUUCCACAACCCGGGGCUGAAGAGAGGAGGGAGGGCAGCCAGAGUCAGUGUCGACACAUUUGACAUGUACGUGUGUCACUCAGCAGCCAAGGUCAAGAAUAACAGCAUUUCUUUUGUCCUGGUAAUACGCACAGCAACCACCAACAGUUUUCAGGUGUUUAGAACAUACAACCAGGAGGUUGUGGCAACUCUCCUACCCACCCUAACAGUACCCUAGGCUAUGUUUAAGCGCCAAAUCUACCCCAUAACUCUGCCUGAAAGCUGUGGUUUUUGUUUUGUUUUAAUCAGAUUAUUUUCCCAUGCCCUUGGUAAUGUACAAAGACAUCCAGAGCAUGACCUGGGUUGUGUCAAUCCUCCUCCCCGCCCAAUGGGGCCCUCAGGUGGGCGUACUCGCCAUUACACACCUUACUUCGGCCCAAGAUUUCAGCCCAAACAUGCCUAAAACUUCUGCACAGUACUGUAACCUUAGGUGAAGUUGCUCAAGCUGUAAAAAGGGACAAUGCUGUGAUAUUCUCAAUGCAUUUCCCCUUUCUAAUGUAUAUUUUAAUGCUGAAUUAGUGUAUAUGUGAUUAUUUUUUGCUCUUUCACCCUCGACUAGGUAAGAUCAGUUAUAUGCCAAUUAACACUCAAUAUGACACGACUGUAGGUUAUAAAGGGAUUGUUUACAUAUUUUUUAUUUGUGCUGUUGCCCACUUCCUUUAUAUUCCUCAAAAGCAUAUCUCCAAACAUUGCAUCAAUAAACAUUUCCAUUGUGUGGUA